AUGUAUGUCGUGGGUGUUCGCUUGCAGUGUCUGUCAUGUACAGUGCCUACGCAAUUCGGUACUGCUGCCACUGCCAGACUCUUCUUGUCUCCCUGUCGACUGGUGCAGCAGGUCCUGCAGACUCAGCUCCUCGAAGCCAGUCAGUCUGAGACAUCCAAGCUUCAUUGCAACACUCUUGUUGACGCCGUUUCCGAGGCAACCUCAUUCGAUUCCGGUGAAAAGGUGCCAAUCUUUCGUCCGUCAUACAACGGACAUCAUCAGAACGCGCUAUCAUCGUCACAACCAAAGUCAUCGGUGGUACACAUACUCUACAUCCGACCUCUUUGUUCGCCUCACAUGUCAGCCAAGAAGCAUGUGGAUGUGUCUGUCUCUGUAUGUGCAUGUGUAUGUGCUAAUAAUUGCAUGUCAAGAAUGGAGGAACACUUGAUGAAACCAAAACUGUUAAUCGGAAAUAUGAUUGACUAA